UGAGUGGUGGUUGGUUGUGAUGUGGUAGCUCGUCAAAAAUGACUUGGGUAGCAUUUUCGAAUGGCGCUCACUCUUGACUCCUCAGUUCGAGUCUAUCUGUUUGAACCAUCAAGAGCUCGUGAAAAACAAUCAAGAGGUGGUGAUAAGACCGAAGAGCAGUUCCGUUUUUAUCGAGUCGUUUUGGGAGAAAAACCUUGGGUGGCAAUGAGGCCUUGAAACGAGAUUAUUGAACGCUUUGGACAGCAUGGAACCAUUCGAGUCCAAUGACAGUCUGUAUGAGAACACGAGAGACUUGAAGGGCUGGUUAGGUCAUGAUGACAAGUUGGGGGUGGUUCCCGACCACCUGAGGAAGAAGAAGAUGCCACGCCCUCCGAGUGUGCUCAGUGUAGAAGAUCUCAAGGGAGUGGUUCCCAAUCUCUACACCUUCGAUUCCUCGCCAAAGAACAGUAACCUGGUAAAGGAGAAAUUGGACUUUCAGCAAAGGCUGAACAAUAAUCUGCAGCAGGAUCUUGAUCCUCCAGAAGCACCAGCUAUGGUUGGGCCAUGCUGGAGGAGGCAUAAACAAAAAUUGGCUGUGAUAACCAUUUGUUCCCUUUGUUUUACUUUGGGGAUCGUGAUCCCUUUGCUCAUCCAGUUCUUUUCGCCUGGAUCGCAGACCAAAUCAGUACCGAGAGUGCCAUAUUCUAGCAGAAAUCGGAAUAAAGACUUCCAUUUGGAUUCCGUGCUCACAGACUUAUUCAUUAGUGUAAAGACUACCAAAAAAUACCACCACCCAAGGCUGGUGAUUCUGCUGGAGACUUGGGCGUCCUUGGUGAAACAUCAGACAUGGUUCUUCACCGAUUUGGAGGAUCCAGAUAUGAACCAACGAACUCAAGGCCAUCUCAUUGCCACCAAUUGCUCUGACUCUCACUCAAGAGUGGCCUUAGUGUGCAAGAUGGCGUCUGAGUUUGAUUUUUUCCUCAAAUCUAUGAAACGGUGGUGGUGUCACUUCGAUGACGAUAAUUAUGUUCAUGUAACCAAAUUGGCUCAGUUAUUGAAAUCCUAUUCUCCGGAUGAGCCCAUCUACCUCGGCAAGCCAUCCACUGCUAAACCAUUGGAGAUAUUCGAUAUCAAAUCCCCACAGAACACAUCUCACUUUUGGUUUGCUACUGGAGGAGCGGGAUUUUGCGUGUCCAGGACUUUGGCCUUAAAGAUGGCACCGUAUGCAGGGAACGGCAAAUUUGUGGAGACGGGUGACCAAUUCUGGUUUCCAGAUGAUGUCACAUUGGGGUACAUAGUCGAACACCUGCUCGGCGAGAGAUUGACGGUCAUUCCGGAGUUCCAUUCGCACCUGGAACCUAUGAAGCGGAUCCCACCGGAGGAGAUCAGCCAACAAAUCAGUUUUUCCUACAUCUCUUAUAAUGGAGUCCAAAAUGUGAUCGAUUUACCCGGACCACUUCCAACAGAUGCAGAUCCAACCCGAUUUUACUCGCUUCACUGCCUCUUGUACAGCGCCCCCUAUUGCCCGGAAGAGAAAUGAAAUGAAGUGAACAAACUAUAUAUCAGAAUAAAAAUCAACGUAUUAUUUCAUAAUGAUAAUUGUGCUUCAUCG